AUGUCGAACGCGCUCUUCUCUCUAAUCAGCAAGCGCGUGCUUGCGGAGUCCGCGCAAAAUCGCUUUGGAAUGGAGGAUCCCUAUUUCGAAGAAGUACCUGCUUCUCGACUUGGUCGAGCCGUUGGCAAGAAGAAGCAAAAGCGCCGUAAGGCGAUUCCACCAGGACUGUCCGAACACGAUGCCAACAUCCUUACCAAGGUCAAGCGUCGGGCGUAUCGACUUGACUACUCCUUGUUCAAUUUAUGUGGCAUCCGAUUCGGCUGGGGUAGUGUUAUUGGACUCGUACCAUUCAUUGGUGACGCUAGCGACGCUGCAUUGGCCAUGAUGGUCGUGAGGACAUGUGAAGGAAUCGAGGGUGGAUUGCCGUCGCGUUUACGGUAUAUGAUGCUUGUGAACGUGAUCAUUGACUUUGUCAUUGGUCUCGUGCCAUUCAUCGGCGAUAUCGCGGAUGCGGUGUACAAGUGCAACACAAGAAAUGCCGUGCUUCUUGAAAAGCAUCUGCGUGAGAAGGGCGCAAAGUCCCUCUCCAGGCAGACCAGCUCAACCAGGAGGAGCGAGCGACGGGUUCGGGAGAUCGACCACAGUCUCCCCGACGAAUUUGACAAGCAGGAGAGUGGUGUGGUGGGUGACUCCCCUCCAACAUACCAGGAGCAUGGCUCCGGUAGGUAUGUGGAAGAAGCCAAUACCCCAACACGACCUCCACCUGCUAAGCAAUCUCGAUCUAAUCGGACUGUCGCCAAAUGGUUUGGCGGGGCAAGCCGUCCGCAGGAGGACCCUGAGCGUGGAGCAUGA